UUUCUCUCUCCUUCCUUUGAGCACAAAAUGCAAGUGACGGACGACGGCGGCGAUCGUUCAGCCAACGACGACCAUGGCGGCAAUGCAACUCCAGCCAAAUCCAGCUCCAAUGCAACUCCAGCGAAUUCGUCGUUUUCUUCCUCUUCUUCUUCCUCUUUCUCUUCGUCCGCUGCCACCGCUGCAGCUGAUCGCAAACCUGCCAAACACGAUGCCGACGACGACGACGACGAUGACGAUGACUGCUCGAUGCUGGCGGCGGCGCGGCGGCACACGCGGCAGCAGCUCAAGGCUGAUCAGAACGCGCUCGGCUCGUCGUGCCCGUACCUCGACACGGUCGAUCGCUCGCAGCUCGAUUUCGACUUUGAGAAGGUCUGCUCAGUGUCCCUGAGCGAUUUCAACAUUUACGCCUGUCUGAUCUGCGGCAAGUACUUUCAAGGUAAGCUUCCAAUCCAAUAA